ACCUGAUUGGACAUCCACAAUUUUAUCCACUGCAGUAUUUCUAUCAGGACGAUUGUCUACUAGCUGUUCAGGAUAGAUUAGUUUUUGUAUAUGCGUGUGCAUCAUGUUUAAGAUUGAAAAUUUGAUCUUAAAAGUAUAAAAUCCUCUUCUCAGAUAUUUUUGUCUAAACAUGGAUAAGAAACUUCCCUCAACCUCUGAAAUACCGAAACAGAUAUCUAGUGCCGAAAAGACUUCAGAUAAGAUUAUUUUCGUAAAAACUAAGGAAACUGAAAGUUCUUCCUCUUUAAUUACGCAGCUUCAAGGUUCAACAUCUUUAAGUAGAAACGGGGGUAAAAAUGGGGACAGUGACAUUACAGAUAGUAAGGUUAAAGAAGAUCAACCCAAGUUAUCCAGUAAAACAAUAACUGAAACAGAAAUACGUUCAAAGGAUUCACCUAAAGAGAAAACUGUACCUAUUUUAAAAAGUUCUAAUGAUUUUAGUGAAGAUUUAACUAAACAAAAAUCUCAUACAACUACGAUACAGUUCGCGGAAAUUCCAGUGGAUGCUGCUUCAUCGGCUCAAAGAAUUGCUAGAGAAACGAAUGAAAUCAAAACGGAUUUACAAAGAUCUAGUACUGUUCCAGAAAUUAGUUUAAGAAAAGAGCCCGUAGAGGAAACAGAAACUGUUACUACUACGUAUGUAGAUUUAACACAAUUACCUUUAGACGAAACAAGUCAACCGUCUUCGUUAUUAGACUGGAAUUCGGAUAAGCAUUCGUUAUAUCGUAAUAAAACUGAAGUUAGAAGUGUAGGAAAUCUUUCUUUCCAUACAAAAGAAAAAACAGAUUCAGGAAAAGAAGAAUCUUCUUUCAAAAAAUCUUUAAUUCGUGAAAGUGAUCAGGAUAAAGUCGAUGUCAUAAGGACUGAAGACACUUUAAUAUCUAAAAAUUUGCAGUCUUUGUUAGAUAACGAAACAUCAGAAUUUCAAACUGAUAAAUUGGUUAGUGAACAAGUGCCGUCCAAGACUGUGAUUUCUGAUUCUUCACCUUCUCACGUUUGUAUUUCGUUAAAACAAGCUUCGGAUUUGGGGAAAUCUAAGAAUAUUAUUGAAGAAACUAUUUGUACUUUUGAUAAAUCAAAACCAUUGCCUUCUAAAGAUACUGAAAAAUUAUUAACCCAAAAAGAAAGUGAUAAAUUAAGUGAUGCCAAAAAAUCUAUAUCAGACAGUAAUCAGAUAAAUUCAUUUAUUUCACAGCAACAGCAUGAUUUAACAAAAGAUCAAAAACAGCAUGAAUUAGGAACUUCUCACACGCAAGCUAAAGAAGAUACUUUUGAUAAAACAGUACCAAAAGCUGAUUCUGUAAUUACAAAAACAGUUAAACCAGUUUCGAAAACAAUUUCAAGUACGUCUAUCCCUGGGAAAGAUAUUACUGAUAAAAAAGGAAUUGCGAAAGCUGAAGAAAAAAUAAACGCUUUGGAGGAAUCCAUAUCGGAUUCUUUCGCUGUAAAAGAUUUUAAAAUAGAAUCAAAAUCGUCAAUCAAUUUACCCGAAACCAUUCCGCAACCAAAAGAAUCGGAAGUAAAAUCUGAAGAUAAGUCAAAAAAAUCAAUAGAAACAGAUAAAAAAGAAGCGAUUUCAAUAGAAAAAGAAUGUUUUUCUUCACUCGAAACACAAAAAGAAAUUCAAUCAAGUUCUUUGCCUUGCAAAGAGGAAGUCAUUGAAGGGUCACCGUCAAUUCAUAAAGAUAAACAGCCGUCGGAUAAAGAAGUGGCUGCAUUUCAAUUACAAAAAGAUAAGGAUAAAGUAUCAGAUGUAAUUAAAAAAAAUGAGCUGCUUGUUACAAAUGUAGAAGGUAAAAAAGAAAAAUCUGCAGCCGUUAAAGAAGACAAAGAGAAUUUUAUACAGAAACAAAUGCCAUCGAAGAAAGAAAUUGGAAUCGCACAAGCAGAAUCGUCAAUCUCGAAAGAAAAUGAAACUUUCUCAACAGAGGUUUCAAUUUCCAAAAAAAAAGAGAUAUUACAAAACAUGAAAGAUAUAGGAAAAGAUAGAAUAAACGAAGAAAAGUCUGUUUAUGACAAAGAAAAUAUUUAUCCAUCUGCUGUUUCGGAAAAAGAAAAAGAAGAUAAAUCGAAGCAAGGAUAUAAAGAGCAUACAAAUAUUUUACAGGAUAAAGUGGAUGCUACCGCUACAUCUUUCGAAAAAAUGAUCGCAUGUCCUUCGUCAGAAAAAACUGAAAAACAUGAUAAAAAAUUAGAAAUUAAAUCCGAAAUAUGUUCUCAAAAUCACGAACAACAACAAUCAGAAAAAUCAAAAGUACCACAGUUUGAAUAUCAAGAAAUGUCAACAGGUAAAUAUUCUAAAUCCGUUACAGAAGAAACAAAAGCUCAGUCAUUUUUAAAAGAUGAUGCCAAAGCAACAAUAGAAACGGAUAUCAAAACGAAGCAAAAAUUAGAUACAUGUAAGCUUUCAGACUCGACAUCAUUACCAAAAGAAGAAGUAUUCUUAAUAGGUCAAACUGCCGUUCUUGGUACCGAAGAACAUUUAUCACAGUUAAGCAAAGAAAAUCAAAAAGUUCUAUCAAAACCUUCCACCUAUCAAACCACAGCAGAAAAAAUUACUUCUCAAAAAGAAUCAAAACAACCAUUUGAAAUAGUUAAAGAUGAGAAAGAUUUAACACUUUCAAAGAUAGAUCAAUUUUUGAAAGAUGAGAAAACUGAAAAAGAAAAAGUAAUUAGUGAAAAACAGACUGAAAGUAAGAAAAUAUUACCUGAAUCAGAAACCAUUGUCCAAGAACAAUUAGAUCAUAUAAAAGAUUCUUUCGUUUCUGAAGUACAACAGGUAAUUCCUAGUACAGGCAUAAAAUUAGAUAAUGAGAAAGAAACGAAAGUUGCAGAUAAAAAUAAUAAAAAUUUAUUGCAAGAAAUUUAUUCUGCUGAAAUGGAAACAAAAGUUACUGAUAUACCAUUUAGUAUUUCUCAAGAAAAAAAACAAUAUACUAAAGAUGAAUCGCCAAAAGAAAUGUCAAAAAAACAUGAAACAUUUUCUAUUGUUUCUGACGAUAAAGAAAUAGAAUCAUUAAAACCUACAGUCGAUAAAGACGAUCAGACUGAAAAUAAAAACGUUCCUAAUAAGCUCGCAGAGACCAAAACUUUUGUCAUGAACGAAAUGAAAGAAAAUAAAUAUGAAUUUCCUGAAGAGAAGGGAAAAUUGGUGCUGCUUUCAACCGAUUCAAAGGAGAAAGAACUGCCUACAUCCGAUGAUAAACAUAGUAAAUCGGAAUUUACAAAAGAAGUGCCAUUAAUAGCGUCUGUUGUGAAGACUGACGUAAACUUGACAAAAGAAACAGUUAUAGUUAAAGAGAAUCAAAUUUCUGAAUCAAAAGAAAAGCAAGUAUCAAAAGAAAUAGAAUUUCAAAGUUUGCCUUCAAAGUCAAUUCCAGAGAAAGAAAUAAUUUUACCAUGUUUUCGGGAAUCAUCUUUAUUAAAACAUGAUGAUGGAACUGAAGAAAAACAAGUUCCUCCCACAAAAGAAUAUUCAGAAAUAUCCAAAGAUCUGUCAACGGAUAAAAAAAGAAGUGAUUUAGAAAUCUCCUUACAGAAAGAUAGUUCAAAAGCAAUACCUGUUAUUGAUUCCGAUAAACAAAAAGAAAUUAAAGAUUUGCCAAAACAGAAAGAUACGUUAAUAUCUACGUCAAAUGAAAAUGAAAAAAUUUCUUCAAAACUAGUCGAUGAAAAAGAAGUUUCGAAAAAACCUGAAAAGGAAUUGCCUCAAAAAACAGAAUAUAAAGAAGAGAGAAAAUCUCCAUCCAAUAUUUCAGAAGAAGUGCCAUUAGAAAUUGAGAAAUCGAAAGAGGUGAAACCGCUUAAAGAUAUGCUUUCUGAGAUUUCCGAACCUACAAAACAUUCAACUCUAUCACUAAAUAUGUUACAGAAAAAGCCGAUUGAAUCUAAACAAGAAAUUGUAGAUACUUCAAAAAAGUUAGAAACGUCUUCUGAAUCUAAAAAGAUAGCAGAGACUUUAAUUAAAGACUCCGCCGAAAGUUUAAUAUUCUCACAAAAAUUAGAAACUGUAGAUAAAUCGGGUAGUAUAAAAGAUACAAACGAAACAGUAGAAAAACUAAAUGAAAAAGACACGUCUUCUAGUUUCAAAAUUGAAACAAUUUCUGAUGAAUUAAGAACUUUAAAGCCGUUAGCCGAUUCUAUGAAAGAUAAGUUAGAUAAUGAAAUCGAAAGUAAAGAUAAAGAAACUUUACAAACACAGUCACAUAUUUUAAAUGAAAUUAAUCUUAAACAAACAUCACUUAAAUCUGAAAAAGAAACAUUAGACUCUCAAAUCUCUCUCCCCAAAGAUAAACCCGCAUCUCCAAUUCUCUCUCCUAAAGAAAAGACAGAUAAACAAUCACUACCUUUUACAACAGAAGAACCACAUAUACAUACUAUUGAUAAAACGAAAGUAGAAUCGACAAUACAAAUGAAAAGUCAAUCAUCGAAACAGAAACAGAGGCCUCUUCCAACUGUGGGCGUGUCACCAUCCCAUACUAUUUCCAAUAUAGAAUCUGAAAAAAUAAAAGAACCUAGUAAAUCCGUUACAAAUGAAGAUGCACCCGCAGAAAUUUCGCCAACACAGUCCAUUGUAAAUAAACAAUCCAUUUCUGAAUCGAUUAUAAUUGGACCUAAAGAUGUAAAAUCUGUUCCCGAUUCGAAAACGGAUGCUGCUUUAGAUAAAAUGCCUUCGGAGAAACAAAAAGACAAUGAAAUUUUUGUAAAAAGUGCUGCUUAUUUAGAACAAAGUGAAGAAAAGACGGACAGUUCUAAAAUGUCUUCGAUUAAUGGAUUUGUUUCUUCUCUAGUGCCUGAUGAUAAAGAACUUCAAAAAGCCGUCCUUACUAAAACGGGGGAUGCAUUAAACCAAGCCGCGCAACACGAUGUAAAACCCGAUAUUGCUGACGUAAAACCAGAAUUAAAAAGUGAUAUAAAAACAGAAGUGAAAUCCAGGGUAGAAAUAGAUACAAAAGUUGAUGUAAAAUCUAAGAAAGAUGACGUGAAACUUGAUCUAAAACCUGAAAUGAAAACAGACUUCAAAUCCGAAGUGAAAAUAGAAGUGAAGCCCGAUAUAAAGCCUGACGCGAAACCCGAUGUGAAAGAAGUGAAACCUGACAUGAAGCCUGAUGCGAAGGAAGAAGUGAAAUUUGACGUAAAACCUGACGCGAAACCCGAUGUGAAAGAAGGGAAACCAGACGCGAAGGAAGAAGUGAAACCUGAUGUAAAACCUGACGCGAAACCCGAUGUGAAAGAAGUGAAACCUGACAUGAGACCUGACGCGAAGGAAGUAGUGAAACCUGAUGUAAAACCUGAUAUUGACGAUGUAGAAAGUGAUUUAAAAGAAGAAGAAAAAUCUGAAGCGAUAUCCAUCGUACAACCCGAUGUUAAAAGUGAUACGAAACUCGAUGAAAUCGAUACUAUAUCCGAUAUGAAAUCUGAUAUAGAAAGAAAGGUUCUUGAUGAAGAAGUGCCAUUAGACAGAGAGGAGGAACAAGUUCAAGAAAACGAAGUUCAUCUGAAAAUUGAAGUAGAAACUAAAGAAACGGAUGAAAUAGUCUCAGAGAAAGAAGAAAUUAUAGUGACAAAUAUCUCAAUAGAGAGCGAGAGAGAAGAUAAAGAUACGAGUCAAGAUGAAUCCGCUCCGUCGAGUAGGACAGAUGAAAAAUUUGAAACUAUAGAAAAAGACAAAGUUCAUCCUUCUAAGAAAUCAAAAAAGUCCGAAAUUUCAAUAAACAAAGAUGAGAAACGUAGAAGGAGAAGACUUAGAAAGAAAGAAGAGAAGGUCUUUAGUCCGGAAAGAACGGAGAUUUCCAAAGAAAUUGAAAAACCGGUAGAAGAGCAAGAAACGGUUGACAAAACUCCGAAAUCGCCAGUCAAGAAACGAGUCGGAAGAUCACAGAAAAGUUUAACCAGAAAAGAAACUGAUUCUACUCCCGACACCAGUAAGUCUCCGCCUUCUCCGAGUAAACAACCUCUUGGUGGAAGUCAAAAGAUAACUUCUUCUCCUAAAAAGACUCCUUAUUCCAGAAACGGUCUACUUUCUCCUUCCAAGUCUCUCAAAGGAGAUCAGAGAAAAAUUCCUCCUAUUAAAGCGCCUGUGGGAUAUGCUCCUAAUCCAAAUCUUAAAAACGUCAAAUCAAAAAUUGGUUCCUUUGAUAAUAUUCACUACAAACCAAAAGGAGGAGAUAAAAAAGUAAUUACAGUGAAAAAGUUGGAGUGGCACGCAACUUCUAAGAUAGGAUCAUUAGAGAAUGCUAAUUAUAAACCAGGAGGAGGAGAUAAGAAAAUAAUAACCCAGAAAUUGGAAUUUAAGGAUAAGGCACAGCCUAAGCAACCUAUAGAAUCAGGUUCGACUGAGACUCCCGCCGCUCAGGAAGAUACAACUACAACAACACAGGAAACUACCCAGAGUCAAGAUGUUACUGCAUAGAAUAUAGACGAUCCAUAUCCCGAAAUUAAUUUAUUUCCAUUACAGUAACUAAAGGAUACGUAUUCUAGCUGUCGUCUUGCAUAUUUUAAUCAAUGCUACACAUUAGAAAAACUGAAAAUAUAGUUCCUUCAUUUAAUAUAUGUUAAUGUAUUUCUUGGGGAAAGAACGAAUAUUUAUUCACACAUUAAAUGGGUUUCUUUUAUAAAUGCUCAAGUUGAUGAUUUAUUAAAUUUAAUUUGCAAUUUUUCUUGGCUUAAAGUGCCACUUUUGUCGAUGAGAUAUGGCAGAGAUUUGUAACUGACACAAAUUUUACAGUAUCUUAAUAUACAAUCACCUAUUCAUAUACAUUACAUAUAUAUAUUUUACUGAUACAAUCUAAAAGAAAAGCCUUAAAACUUUAUAUAAUACAAUACGUCUUUAUACGGGAUAUUUAAAAAAAAUUGUAUGGGGGAUUGGUAAAUACAAUCAUACUGAACUUUAUAUUAUCUUAAAAGUAUUAUGAAACACAUAUCUAUUGCAUCACUUUCACUUUCUGUCAUAUCUGCAUCUAAAUUUUUAAUAAAAACAAUAAGAAAAAAAUGAAAUUUCGUUCUUUCCACA